CCGUCCCACCUUUAAAACCCCCCACCGCAGUCCCACCUUCCACCACCACUACCCACCGGAAUUCCUCCUCCUCCUCCUCCUCCUCCAACUCCAGCCAAUCUCUUCCGCCAUGAGCGGCCACAAGCGAAACUCCACCGCCGCCGCCGUCAGUCCCGUUGGCAGCCCGACCUCCGGCGACAUCUCCGACAGCUCCACGAAGGAGCAGGACCGGUUCCUGCCGAUCGCCAACGUGAGCCGGAUCAUGAAAAAAUCCCUUCCGGCGAACGCCAAGAUCUCGAAAGAGGCCAAAGAGACCGUCCAGGAAUGCGUGUCGGAGUUCAUCAGCUUCAUCACCGGCGAGGCCUCCGACAAGUGCCAGAGGGAGAAGCGGAAGACGAUCAACGGCGACGAUUUGCUCUGGGCCAUGACCACUCUAGGGUUUGAAAAUUACGUCGCGCCUUUGAAGAUUUAUCUCAAUAAAUACAGAGAAACAGAGGAGGAGAAACAUUCCUUCGCCAGACAGGACGAUCAGGCGCCGCCGCCUGGUUCCGCCGAACAAAUCAUCGGGGGAAAAUCCGCCAGUUCGGUGAUGGAUUUUCAGAAUUUCAAUUCCGGGUUUUAUUCGCUGGGGAACCAAAAUCAGACGGCUCAGAAGAGCUUCAACAUAAUCGACGGCGUGGGAUUUGGGGAAAAUUUUAGAGGUUUCAAUGUGAGUGGCGUCCAUGAAAAUGGAGAAGGAAAUCGAGGUCGAGCCAUGGCGGCUCAUCUUCAACAGAGCUCCGGUUGGUGAUUUCAUAAAGUAAAAAAAAUAUAUAUAUAUAUAUAUAUAUAUAUGUAGGGGAAAAUUAAUCAAAGAUAUUCUGACUGUCAAUUUCAAGGGUUUUUUGGUUGAAUUUUCUUCAAUUAUAUUAAUUAAGGACUAGGGUUUAUGGUAGUAUUUUACUAGUUAGUGUAUGGUAUUAGAGAGAUAAAAGAGGGUUAGAGAGAGAAAUAUAUUUUUAAUCGUUUUUUUUUCCUUCUUUUUUUUACAUAAUUGGGUGGGGGAUUUGAAUCUAGAAUGAAUACUUUAUGAACUAAGAUUAGUAUUUGUCAUAAAUAUAUUAUGCACUAUGAGCUUCAUUCUAAUCA